AUGCCUCACUACACUGACCAAAGCCUGUUCCCUUCUGUCUCUGUGACUGUCAUUCAAACCCUGAGCUUUUCUCUGGAGCGUGGUUUUGACUUGUCCUCUCCUCGCUCUCAGGUGCUGCUGUUUCUUCAAGCGAAAGAGGAAGAAGAGCUCCCCUCGUCACAAAUGAAGGCCCGGCCGAGCUUUUUAGCAAACCUUGAACACCCCGGCGGCCGCUUUGAGACCAGGACCAGCGCCGCAGAACCAGUCAGAACCAGGGCCGCGGGACCAGCAGCGAGAGACGUCUUAAAGGAAGAAGUCCUGCGCUUCUCUCCUUCAAACAUGUACGGGAUUUGUUUUAGUUUUUACACGUCCCAGCAAAACCUCCCAUCGCCAUCACUUCAAAUUGCCUUUUUCGUUUUUGAGGAACAAGUUUAG